AUGACAUCAUCGGAUCACAAGCAAACCCAAAACCCACCGGCGGCCGAAUCUCAGAGAUUGCUUUCGGAUUCGACGGAUUCCGUAAACCCUAAUUAUUCUUGCCACCAUUUGUCGGAGCUCCGGUCCCAGCUUGGCCCGGACCCUUUCCGAAAUCUUCGCGACUGUAUCCGCGUCCGUCCCCUCGGGCGCGCCUCCAUCCGCCGCGGGGAGAGCGUCGUCCAGUGCGACACCUGUGGCCACGCUCCGCCGAGGCUCUACGCCUGCGUGUCGUGCGCCGUCGUCGUGUGCAGCGCGCACCUCGCCGCCCACGCGGCGGUCACCUCGCAUCUCGUGGCGGUCGACGUGGAAAGGGCCGAGCUUUUCUGCUGCGCGUGCGGUGACCAGGUGUACGACCGCGAUUUCGACGCCGCCGUCGUGUCGGCCGCCGCCGGAGGUGGGCCGCUCGUUCCGCCGGAGAAUCUGCGGAAGCGGAGGCGGGUGGAUUACAAACCUUGGACUCCCGAUCUGAAGGAGCGGGCGUUCAUUGCGGAGAAUUCUAGCCCCCUGCCACCGAAUCAACUCAGCGAUGACUCGGCUGGUCAACCCGGCAGUGACUCAUUAGUUGUUCCUUGGGGGCUGCGUGGGCUCAGCAAUCUCGGGAACACGUGCUUCAUGAACUCGGUGUUGCAGGCACUUCUUCAUACGCCUCCUUUGAGGAAUUAUUUCUUGAGUGAUAAGCACAAUAGGUUUUAUUGUGAAAGAGAAAACAGAACAAUCCUUACUCGGAAGAGUGAUAUCAAUAAAGGCAACAAUAAGAAUGCCCUGUUGUGUCUAGCGUGUGAUUUGGAUGCUAUCUACUCGGCUGUAUUCUCAGGGGAGCGAAUGCCGUACAGCCCAGCAAAAUUCUUGUACAGUUGGUGGCAACAUGCUUCGAAUCUUGCAAGUUAUGAGCAACAGGAUGCACAUGAAUUCUUCAUUUCCAUGCUCGAUGGCAUUCAUGAGAAGAUGCUGAAGGACAGGCGAAAGGCCCACACCCAAGUGAGCGGAGAUUGCUGCAUUGCGCACCGUGUAUUUUCCGGCAUCCUGAGAUCUGAUGUGAUGUGCACAUCCUGUGGUUUCACAUCCACAACAUAUGAUCCAUGCGUAGAUGUAUCGUUGGACUUGAAACCGAACCACACUGGCCAAAAACCCCCGACUCUAGUGGGGUGCCUUGAUCAUUUCACGAGAGCAGAGAGAUUAGGUUCCGACCAGAAAUUUUUCUGCCAGCAUUGUCAGGUUAGGCAAGAAUCCCUCAAACAGAUGUCCAUAAGAAAGCUCCCUUUGGUGACUUGCUUCCACAUCAAGAGGUUUGAGCACUCGUCUAUUGGGAAAGUGUCGAGAAAAGUCGACAGCUAUCUGCAGUUCCCUUUCUCGUUGGACAUGUCACCUUACCUGUCAUCGUCUGUUGUUAGGAGAAGGUAUGGGAACAGAAUGCUGUUCCCUUUUGAGGUGGAUGCGCAGUUUGAGCUUUUUGCUGUGAUCACACACUCGGGUAAGCUGGAUGCGGGACAUUAUGUGACUUAUUUGAGAUUGAAUGAUGAGUGGUUCAAGUGUGACGAUGCUUGGAUCACUAGGGUUGCUGAUCAUGUUGUCCGAACUGCUCAAGGCUACAUGAUGUUUUACGUGCAGAAAAUGCUUUAUUACAAAGCCGCUGAGGGGACACUUGGUGUGUGA